ACGUUUAUCAAUCUGGGUAGGCCGUCUAACUAAAGCUUUUUCGGGAUGGUUGAGUUGAUUACAGAGCAUUGUCACAUGACCACAACAUAAAAAAACAAAUGAGUAGAAAUAAGAAAGUCUUCGGAAAUGUGUUAACUAGAAGGAUUUAAAAUACAAAUAUAACUUGUGGAAACAAUACAGUUAGGAAAUGUCCAAUUACGGAACUUUAAGAGAAUAUCGGGAUGACCCUGACGAGAGAGAGUACAGAGACAAUAUGACUUCUGUUUCAGAUCUCAUAGAACAGAUCAGUAGCAAUAUCUAUAAAGUAAAUAAUGGAGCGAAUGCAGUGGAGCGUGCCAUGAAAAUGAUAGGCACUGAUAGGGACACUGAACAACUCAGAGAUAAAAUCCAUGAGACUUCACAAGCAACAAAUAAAAUUGUCAAGUCUACAACAAAGCUCCUUCAGACUGCAGCAGGAAAGAAAGCUGAUAAGGAUAAAAAAAUCAAGUUGGAUUUGCUCAAAAGUAAUUUCCAAGAUGCAGUGCAAAGGUUCCAAUCAUUACAGAAGACAGCAGCCGCAAAAGUGAAGACAUCUGUAAAACUUGGAGGACACACACAGCCAAAGCUGGUUGACUUUGGAGACUAUGGUGAUGACCAGAAAGUAUCAGCAGCCGAAGAACAACAAAGAAGAACACAAAUUCUAAAAGAACAGGAAGUGGUCAUUGAGGAUGACUUGGCCGUCAUUCGUGAAAGAGAAGAAAGAAUUCACCAAUUAGAGGCUGACAUUUUAGAUGUAAAUGAAAUUUUUCGUGAAUUAGGUGCACUUAUACACACACAAGGAGAAGUAAUAGAUACAAUUGAUAGCAAUGUAGAAAGGGCCUUUACAAAUGUAGAAUCAGGCCAGGAGCAACUUAUAAAGGCUGCCGAGUAUCAGAGGAAAUCUAGAAAGAAGAUGUGCUGUUUAGUUGUGAUAUUCCUGGUUAUUGCAGUAAUUGUCACCAUUAUUAUUGUGGUUUCCUUGAAAACUUAAAUAUAUUUUAGGCACUAAUUUCUUGGAACAAUCUUUUAAGAGAAUUUAAUUGGAUUAAGAAAAAUUAAGCUAAAAAUGGUAAACAAUAAUUUUUGGAGGUUAUGCUGUAUGUAUGUUUAAGUAAUAAUAAAUCCAUGAAUAUUAUUAAUUAUGAAGUAAUUACGUCCUUCAAAUCAGCAAAGUACAAAUAAUAUUUAUAAAAUGUAUUUCAUAAAAGUAUGCUUCAGAUAUUUGUUUUGUGCAAGUAAAAAUUUAAAUGUAUGUACAUCAGUGACAAAAUCAUUAAGUUUUGAUUAAUUCCUGUUGAAUAAUGAGUUUAUUAUAUUUUUUUAUAUUGGUUUAUAUUAAGAGCCUUGGUUAUGCAUUAAGUACAGUUAUUCUCCAUACAUGUUGCUAAGACAGGUAUUGAAUUUUUGACAAAUUUUGAUAAGUACUAGAAUUUACAUUUCAUAUAUUAGAUUUUUUUUUUAAGGUGACAUAUAUAAAAAUGAGCACUUCUAUUUUGUGAUAUUGUGGGAUAAGACACUACAUUUGAUUGUGAACAUGUUUAUUCUGUAAAUUAUUAAUUUCUCCUGUGUAUACUUUGUAAACGUUGAUUAACAAAAGACAGCUUGUGCUAGUUUUAAAUUUUACUUAUCUCUCAAAGUUUAAAAGAAACUGAAAUUUUGUACAGGUUUAAAUAUUUUAAAAUCUGAUUUAUAACGAAAAGAAAACCUACUUGUUGUAACAUUAAAUGAUAAAAAGUUUAUUUUAUAAAUAACUUUUUGGUUACGUUAGGACCCAUUUGAUAUUUGCUCAGAGGUUUUGUAAGGUAAGCUAAAAAUAUCUAUAUUUGUUUUCAAUGCUGUUUUUUUUAUAGGGUUAGAUUUGCUCAAAGGUAUGAAUGGUGAUAUUUGUUAUUAUAAAUAUGAUUAUAAAAAUAAUAAUCUGAAAAAUGUGACUAAAAAUUGUUUAUCACUGUGUGAUAGGUUGAUUUCUUACUGCUAGUUGGUUUCUCCUUCUGCUUUAUUUUUGAGUGAGAGAACACAAAUGAGGAUAUAGAAGGAAAAUAUUUUGAUUAUAUGAUACAACAGAUAUUAACAUAACAUUAAUUAAGAAAAACCACAAAGUUAAGGAAAUUGUUUUAUAACAAACUAUAAAACCUUUUUUUAAGCUAUUUACUUUUGUUAUUGCUUUUGUUUUCUUCAAGUAAUUGGAUUCCAUUUGCCACCAUUAUGAAUAUUUUGUACUGCUAAAUAAAAAAAAACUUCAACUUAUUUGUUUUCUAUGUGCAUAAAUAAACAAAAUUAAUUGUUGAUAUCUUAUGUAAAUAAACUAUUUCUCUAAACAGGCAUAUGACAUUCCCCCUUUAAUUUCUAGUAUAAGUAUUUCAUGUUUUUAAGCAUUGUAAAUGAACAAUCAGAAAAUUGUCUUUAUUGUAGCAACAAACAAUGUGCAAAAAUUAUUUAGUAUACUGCAUCCAUUUUGUUGAUAUCUUUUUUAUAAUUUCUGUCUGCAAAAAACUGGAAUAAAAUAUUUUGCCUGUGGAGAGUAA